CAACAUUGAAAAAGCCUGGCCCAGGUGGACGUGAAGAAUGGCCCCAGCCCCCCUCUGGCAAGUUUGAUUGGCUGAAUGCUUGCCGCUUGCCACUCGGCCAGCAGCUAACAGGGAGGGCUAACAGGGAGGCUAAUGGGCCCAAGGCGGCGACGCAAACGUGAUGUACCCGACUCUACACCCUCUAACUCGCUGACUGCCACACGCACCCACAGCAUCAUCACCCCAACGGCAUCACCAACAUCAAGUUCUAUUCUCCACCCUGGCGGCAAGACCCUACCCUACCCUACACCCUGCUUCAACGCAUAAAUAAGCACCAUGUCUCGCAGAAGGUCGGCUGGUCCGGUAUGCUUGGAACAAAUAGGAACCGAACUUGAACCAUCAACGUCAACAUCAACAUCAACAGGAUCACAGAAUACCAUGCCUUCACAUAAACCCUCUCAACCCCUUCCACCCAUGUACCCAAAGCCUAACAACAAGGCUGCUACCAGUUUGAUCCUACGACUCUACCCUCUCAUCGCUUGGUCGCAUAUUGAUCCUAAAUAUUGGGAACAAUUGCAGAUCACUUGUAGCAAACUCGAUCUCAGUUGGGAGUCGGAAAAUGGAGGGAACUUCUUGCGCCUGAUGACACACGAGCAGAUGCGACGCAUCGCCCGCCAGUACGCGUUUGACCAGAUAAGGGAUCCAUCCAGAGAUCCCCGCCACCCAUUCCACGACUCAGAUCAUAUGGCCAGCUACCUCAGCCGGCAUCUCGACGCUACUUCCGAUGAUGGCAAGACUCUUGUCGAGCAAUUGCCAUGGGAUUGCAACCCACCCGAUCACGUCAUGUUAAAUAAACUUCGGUAUUUCCCUGCUGGCUGUAACUGGGCGGUUGAGAACAUUUUGGAUGUUAAAGGUGCCAGCUUGCCACACAUCAAUUGCACCUUGACAGAAGCCGGAGAGCUCGACGAGAGCACGCUCAUGUUCAGUGAGGUGUGGUGUAUCCUGUGGCUAACUAUCCACUGCCAUCGUGACCCGCAGAAGGCGAAGUUCGAAGUUGUGCCGGUCACCGUUGCAACCAUCUCGGGUCCCACCUUCCGUAUAGUACAAGGGUAUGUGGAUGGCAAGACAGGGAUUGUUAAUAUUCGAAAGUCUGCCAUCGUGCCUAUAGGUCCGGAUAAGAAUACAAUGAAGGAACAGAUGAUGCUGAUGGUAAGAUGGCUGAUAGCUGAACCGGUCUGGCCAAGCCGGCACUAGGUUCUGUAGCAAGGUGUCGUUCUCCUCGUGUUACGAUAAAACGGAUAAACGACCCAAGGGCAAUCCAUGGACCAAGCAAAUCAGAGGGUU